GCUGUCUUCCCCAGAUUCCCAAAUCCCUCGCCGGAACCCUUCUCGGCCAUCGAUGCCUGCGCCUUCCCACUUCAACUAUGAACUUCCAUAGACUCCACGGGCUUCAGGAGAUCCUACGGGCUUCCACUUGCAGAGACUCUAUCUGAUCCCGAUGCAUUCAUGGAUGGGUGGUCGGCAGUGGGCAGACGGGAUGGUCGGAGAGCAGAGCACGGCAUGCAUGGCGGCGCACCCCUCCCCCUCCCGGGAUGCCGGGGCGGCUGGGGGAUAAGCGGAAAGCAAGUGUUAUUUCAAUGUCAGAAGGAACUUGAGGCCCUCCAUUAUUUUUGCAUGUGAUGAACUGAGCUGUGGUCGACACUACCCGAGCAGUGGGACGUGAUAUCUCAGCAGCCCAGUAUUUGAGUGUUUCACCUCUCUAGAUUAUAUUUCCAACUGUCGAUUUCUCUCUGGAUGCCUGCAAAUGCCAAUGAAAUCCUUGAUUUCUUCGCUCGGACUGUGCGCAACUUCUGUUACUGGAUAAACGCACCCAAACUGAUAUAUACAGAGGUGUCCAGAUUUACUAUGCAUACAUAUGAGAUAGCGUGCACACACUCAAUCUGGAACCCAGUCAAAUAUCCAUUUCAAGCUGAUCGAUGGCAUGGACACCCUCCGAUGUGUGAAGUGCACUUCCAUAGCCAUAGGAAAGGUGAUGCUGGCUCGGGCUUUCAGUUCACCAAAGCACAUUCACUAAUGAGUGAUGCACAGGAUUAAAAUACAUGGCCAUGAUGACCAACUUAUACUUGUGGCUGCCAUGCCUUGUUCUUUUGUUUUUUGCUUUUGCUUUGCUUUGUCUGAUGUGCUAUGGGUCUGUAAAAGAUGGAGGAUAGAAUCAACAUACAGAUCACAGAUUUAAGACUUCAUUUCAUCUCCUCAAAGUUAUAUUAUUAUUGCCUCAUGUAUAUGUUCUGGAAAACCCCUUGCCACACACCCAAAUAUCUAAGGCAUAUCUAUUUGAUGUACCAAAUAAAAGUAAGAUCAUCCAUCUUGAAUAACUAGUGCAGGACCGUGGGGAUCUACAACCAUGAAUCGCGGAGCUGAAUUAAUCCUGAAAGCUACACCUUAAACAUUAUGCAACUUGGACUGUACAUAAUGCCCCUUUGGCCUUGGUGCACAUGGCAGGUUAUCCCCUUUAUUCCUUGCUCAUUCAUGAUUUGUUUCCUUCCUUUAACUCUUUAUGUGCCAGACAACUUUAUUCUUUGCUUGCUGCUGUAACCAAGCAUCGCAUCCUUCCUCCGGUUGAUGUUUAACGUCUGUGUGUAUAUAUAUAAGUGAUGAGUUCAGGCGUUGAGACGCCUCGCCCUCUCCUGUCCUUGCCAUUUGUUUCUCCUGCCACCAAAACGUUUGACCCUGUUCUAAUUCCUUCGUCUUCUAAUAGGUAGAAGUGUCAUUUCAGUUUCAACUCUUGUUGGUGCUUUCACUCGCUUUUGUGGUUUCACAUCCAGUCUAGGAUUGAUCUUUUUUCUAGUCGUCAAUACAAAAACAAAAAACAGUUGUUGUUUCCCCCUUUCGAUUCUUGUUCUCCCACAUAUAAAAAAUAGUCUUUCUUUCUACUCAUCAACACAAAAAAAAACCAAAAAAAUAUUUGCUUGUUCCACUUUAAUCCCUUUUUCUAGUCAUUGUUACAAGAGAAAACAAAAAAAAUCUAUUCGUGGUUUCCCGUUCAUUGUUGUCCUUUCACACAUACAAAAUAUUCUUUGUUUCUAGUGAUCAAUAUAAAAUAAAUAAAUUUGAUUGCAUGCUCCACUUCGCCUUUGCUCUUCCAUUUCUACACUACAAUCCCCUUUCCUAGUGAUAAACAUUGAUAAAAUAUCAAUUGUGUUUCCAGACUUAUAAGAAAAAAAAUACAAAAAAAAGCAGUGGCUUUCCAUCAUCGCUAUUGUGUUAUUCUCAUAUCCAGACUUCGUUCUCUUUUCUAUGGAUACAUACUGAAAAAUCAAAACAAAAAAUGAGUGGUUUCAGCCCUUUGUUGUUUGUCCACUUUUGUCAUUGCUUGCUUUUCUAGUUACCAGCUCUAGCAAAAAUACCAAAAGAUUGUUGGCUUCUCCCAUUACUGAGAUAUUUAAAGUAAAUCUGGUUCAUCAGACCAUUUCUUGACAUCCAUAUUACGGUGCCUAAUUCAACCACCAGGACCGUACAAGGAAGCUAGCCUGCAACUAUUAAGCAGAAACGUGGACAAUUAAUAUCUAUUUGGCAGCCUUCAGUUUAAGAAUUGCAAUAUAUAUGUUUCUCAGUGAUCUAAGAAUCUACGUGACAUUAUAUUAUACAAAGUUAUCUCUAGUCCAGGUUUCUUAGCCGCUGAGAGGUACAAGUUCCAACAAAAACACCAAAAAGAUCACUGACUUUUCCCAAUAUUGAGAUUUUUCAAGUAAUCUAGUUGAUCAGAUCAAUCAUCUCUUGACAUACAGUGUCCCAUUCUACCAACUGGACUGUAAAAGAAAAUUAGUGUGCAGCUGUCAAGCCAAAUCAAAGAGAAUUAAUUUUGCACCCUUCAUUUGAAGUGUGGCUGGAUAUCAUUCUUGGUGAUCUAGAAGGCAAGAUCCGAGAGGUCAACUUCUGCGAAGCAAGUUUGGCACACUACUGAGCAUAAGUCAUGACAUCAUCUUCAUGGAAAAAAUGGCCGGAUCAUGAGUGGGAUAAAUGGUGUGAUGAUCUGAGGGAUAUAGAAUUUUGGUUUAACAGAUACCUGAAGACGAAGGCAUAUAUUGACUUGAACAAUCAACUGUUUCUCUAUCAAGGUGUGUGCUGGAAUGUUGGGGUGGGGCCCAUGGCUUCAUUCACACGAGCCAUAUCAGGCAUGGCCGUGGAGGAAAUCCUUGAGUACCCAUAUCAAGUAGAAUUCAAACACGUGAUAAAGGUGGAUCUGAAGCCCACGCCAACGGCAGAGGAAGCCCAAGGAAGGGGCUUCAUGAGCACCAAGUACCAGCUGGCCCUCGCUGCAGCAAAGGAGCUCGGCCUGCUCGACCAAGAAUACAACAGGCUCAAGGAAGAGCACGACGAGCUACAGUACUACUCCUACGGGUCCUGUGAUGGUGUUAUCUCUUCAGAUUUGGAGUAUCACGUGAGGUACAAUAUGGUUCCUCGGAUCAUCAAACAAUUGUUAACCGAGAGGUACUUGCUAGUGGCCGAGAACCUCCAGUGGCCAAUUGUGCCUGGCAGUUUAAUAAUAGAAGAUGUCGGGCUUCCUCCACCUACGUGGGGAGAUUCUCGAUGGUUCAUCUCGACCACUUCUCAUGAUGCCUACAAACAGAGCAAGUUAGAAGGCGAUAGAGUUAUAUCCAUUGACGAAGAUGACCAAGUUGUGGUACUGGCCCUCGAUGCACUGCAUCGAUCGGCCGAGCACAUACUCAGCAUGAUCCAUCAGGAAAGCAAGCAGUACUGGUAUUGCAUAGCCCUCGAUUGCUUCCACUACACCAUGGCUUUCUUUGGCAAGCAUUCACAAGUGAUAGAUGUUACGUCGGACGAGAUCAUCCACCAGUGGGCCGCCCAAGGCAUUUUGCCUCGUAUGACCAUGAAGGAAGAAGAAGAAACCAACACCAUCAGCAGCAAGUGUUCAAAUAUGCAUCGAGUUGGAAGGGUCAUCCUUGAAGCAUUUCAGAAAUACUCUUUGUUGCAGCUACCUUUUUCUCCGGUUGAUGAAGCUUAUGAAGCCACCAAUACCGGUGCACAAUUCUUAGCAUACCAUGGCCUCAUUGCAGAUGGCAUCACAGUUGAUGAAAUCGUUGAUGACAAGAAGAAAUGGAUUUCAUUCUCCGGUGACCAUGGAGUGCAUGUAAGCCGGAAAUGGUUUAUCCCAGAGGAAAGCAAGGGGCCAACUUCACUUAUUCUAAGAGGUUGCUCACAUCAAUCGCUCAUACUUUCCAAGCUGGACAGUUUCUUGCCCAUGCUUUGUUUUCUUCGUGUUCUUGAUAUCUCCUACACUCCAAUAAAAGCACUCCCUUCUUCUAUUGAUUAUCUACAGAACCUUCGGUUGCUCUCACUUAGAGGCUGCCAUGAUCUGAAAACUCUUUCCAGUUCAUCCACAACAAAUGCCACAGGCUCAUCAACAAAUAUUCGUUCAUCAUCACCAUUGUCCACUCUAUACAAGCUAGAAAUUCUUGAUAUGAAUGGUGUUCCUGUUUCUCAUCUGACACAAGAUGUGGCCAACCAAAAGAGAAAUUUGAUACACCUCGACAUGUCACAUUCAGAAAUAUCUACUUUUCCACCCAAUGUUUUUGGGGACAUGUCAAAUCUUGAAGAGCUUAUUCUUGUCAGCUGCUCCAACCUUGUAGAGCUACCUCCUUCUAUGUCUGCACUAUCCAGCCUAGCGACCCUUGAGGUCACAGGGACUCUAAUAAAAUACUUCCCGCAGAAGAUAUUUGAAGAAAUGCAGAAGCUACAGUCGCUCAAGCUCAUUGACAACAAUGAAUUGAUUUCACUCGCAAGUCCAAUCUCUGGUGUCCAGGGAAACAAAUUGGAAGGGCAUCCUAACCUUACAUCCUUCAUGUUGGUUGGCGCACCUCAUAUAAGGUGCCUGUCUCUGCGUGGAUGUAGAAAACUUGAGUCUGUCGAGAUAAAAAAUCUUGGUGCCUUGGAGGAGCUUGAUUUGUCCGGUAUAGCUAUCAAGGAGCUCCCUGCAGAUAUCCCUAACCUUCCCAAGCUCAGGCGAUUGCUCCUGCUGGAUGUUCCGUCUCUGAGGCGAUUUCCUUGGCAUAGGCUGGAGCGACUUCCUGAUGUGUUUUAUUUGGACCAUUGUUCAGAAGGAAAGGGUAACCACUCUAAUCAAGUUCCCCAAGUGUGUGUAACUGACCCCAGGUUCUUCCAUAGCUUCCAUAACACUGUUGUGGAUUUCGUAAGAGAUGGACGGUUUCUCCAAUCAUUCUAUGUUCGAGUCGCACCAUGCACUAAAAAUAGCAUGCGACUGCAAGAUGAAGAAGUCAUUCUCGAUAGCAAGUUGCAGGAGUUGGUGCAGAACCAAUCGACUUAUGUGGAUGUACAAAGGAGUUGUUAUGCGGAGGAAAUUGCAACUGCAUCACCGAUUACAAUUCCCCUUAGCCGAACUGAGCGCCACGUGGAGAUCACAGGGACACAAUCGGGAAUUGCUGGUUUAUGGUAUCUUCUAAGUGUCAGCAAAUCAAUAUCCGUGUCAUGUGAUACUGCUAUCAACUAUUUUCCUGGCGAGAUCAAUUUUCACGAGCUGGAAGAAUGUGAGCUACGUUGGUGCCAUACAAUGGAAGUAGUUCUAAAUCGUACUAGAGGCUUGAAAAAACUACGCAAUAUGCAUGUGUGUAAUCUCAAAAGUCUAGUUUGGUUCUGCUCACGGUAUAGUUCUUGGGACUUCAGUAGUGUAGAGCACCUGCACUUAGAGGACUGCCCAAGAUUGAAGCACGUGGUGCCACAUACAGCAACACUACCGCGUCUCAAGACACUUGACAUCUUGUUCUGCUGCAACCUCAAGACAAUUUUCAUCAGCAAUCAUACACAAGAGAAUACUUAUCAGCUCCCAAGCCUACAAAGAAUGCGUCUCCAGGAGUUGCCACUGCUCCAGCACUUCCACAGCAAGCACGCCACCAUCACAGCACCUGUGUGGAAGGAGCUCCACAUCCGAGGGUGCUGGAGCCUCCGACGCCUCCCACUCCUAGAAGGACGCCAGCCCGAGACAGUGAAGGUGAAUGGCGAGAGGAGCUGGUGGAGCAAGCUCCAGUGGGGAUUACCCCCGCACCGCGACGGCUACGACCCCAAGCUUCCCCCGGAGUUCGCCUCCUUCGAUGAGCGCGCCGAGAUGAGCAGCUACCUCAGAUGAAUCAACCCAGUCUCCAUCAACACAUCUAUCCAUCCAUCCAGUCGCAUUCCACCAUACGUCCAUGUUGUAUGUAUGUCAACCACUCUGGUACGCAAAGGUACAUCUCCAGGAGCUUCCAAAGGUCCUGCACUUCCAUGACAACGACGCCGCCAUCACUAUGCCGGUGUGGAAGGUGCCUCCGAUGCCUCCCACACCUACAGGUUUCCACCAUACACCACAGAGUACCUUCCUCAACACUACAUUAGUUACAGUGUUCCACGGUACAUCCAUACUGUAUAUGUCAACUAUCAUUGUGCCCGUUGAUCCUCUUGCCUCCAUUCAUACGUGCGAUCUACAACAUAUGCCUGCCUCCGCACAUGCCUGCAUGCCAUCCAUACGAUAUUCAGAUUUUUUCUCCCAAAUAAAAUUCCAAUUUCCCUGGUUAUUGUCAACCUAUUCACUUUGUUUCCCGUGGAAUCAGUUCUAUCUUUCCUUGUUCCAACACAUUUUAUUGGAGUGUCCGCUAUUGUAUGUUGGUGAUCGAUGUAAUUUCUUUGGGAUGAGAUCUACUUAAAUACCAAUUGUGACUUGUGACUUUAA